AGAUUUUGCUUUUCCUCGUGACAGAGAAGUGUUCUACUCCUAGGUUCUUCACUCCCAUCGAGUUUGUAGAGGAACACGACCAGAGACAGCAAAGCUCUUUGCUCUAUGUGUGUAGUCUCGGGGCUUUCUGUUGCUUGCUUGGUGCGUGCACACCGCUUUGGCCUUUCCUGACAGCUCAAGUUCAAGAUGGGCUUCCCUGCUGGCCUCUUGUCUGCGGCAUGGAUUUGCUUCGUUGUGGCAAUAUUGCUGUGCUUCUUCGUGGCAGUGUUCUUUGUCCGUCGCUACCAGAAGAAAGCCUACUCUGAGCGGCCAGUCACUGUCAUUGCAGUGUUGUCAAUGUUCAUUGUGCUACUCACCAUGGCUCUAGUACCGGUUGAUGUCUAUAUAGUCUCCUCCAUGAAAGAUGACUCCGGAAACUACAAGGAAUGGGCCAGCUCGACAGAGCAACGCGAGGAAAUCACCAACGCUGUUCUUUACGGUUACUAUGCUCUGUAUGGCCUCAUUACGCUGUUUGCUUUCAUCCUGCUGCCGUUCGCCUACUUCUACUAUGAGGAAGGUGGUGAUGAGGAGAGCACACCACGAGAGAAAGCCUGCACAGGAGUCAAGUACACACUCGGCUUUGUGUUUGUUUGUGCUGUUCUUCUAUUGGUUGGGGGCCUGGUACCAUUCAGCAACGGCACCAGCGACACCAACAGCACCGACUUUGAGAAGAAGAUUGUAAACUUGGCGCAGGACCUGAAGAGCACAGGCCUGGAGAACUCCCUGUCAUUCGUCAUCAGUGUGUUGACUAUGUUUGGUACACUGUAUGCAGUGCUCUACACAUCGUAUGGAUUGGCUUCUGUUCCCAUUGGCAUGAUCCGUGGAUUUUCAUCAGCCAAGUCGGAAUCCGUGCAAGUUCGAAAGCGUCACACUGCUGCCUCAGAGCGAUCUCGAGCAGCACGUGCACGGAAUCAGGUGCGACCCAGUGGUUCGUCAUACAAAGAGCGUCGCCAGAUGCGCCAGAUAGAGGAAGAGGAGAAACUGCUCGGCGAUCGUCUGCAGAAGCUAGAGGGUGUAGUCUCAAGCAAGUGGCAAUGUUGUUUGCAGGCAAUGAAGCCCUUCAUGACUAUAUUUGGCAUCCUCUUCCUUCUGUUUUCUACCUUCCUGGUCGUCACGCUGUUUAUCAACAGCCUGGAUCGUAUCCUCCACUCGGUUGGCUACAAGCUAGGGUUUGCGCUGGAAAAGCCCAGGAUCACCAAUCCGGUGGAUCAAGCCUUCAUCGUCUUCUCUGAAGUGUUCCCAUUUGACUAUAUCGUCUUUGCACUGAUUGUCUUGUAUCUGGUGGUCUGCACUAUCGGUGGUAUGCGCCGUGUAGACAUCUGGUGCUGCUGGAUCAAGAUGUACAAGGUGCGUCCCGGGCGCACUGAGCCACAGGGCGUGCUGAUGGUGGCAUUCCUGAUGAUGUUCUGCGUGCUCUACCUCAACACCAUGGUCAUGUCGCUGGCACCACAGUAUGUCAUGUUCGGCAGUCAGAAGUACAACUACACGUGCACGAUGACCAACACAACGCAAAACGGCACGAAUGCUACAGCGUUUGCUGCACCCGGCUACGCGUACGAUCAAGUUGCUCUGCCCGUGCUGGACGAUGGCAACAGCACGGGGAAUGGUUCUUCCGAUGGCAAUGCCACUAUGCAUUAUUAUUGCAGUGGAACGUGUGAUUUCUCUUUAUCGGAGGAUGUCGAUGAAGGUGCGUGCAUGCAGACCCGCAUUACGCUGCUCUUGAAUCGGUUCAUCUACAAGAUCUGGUUCUUCGGCGACGUGUACUACGGUGGAAAUUGGCUGGUGGUGCUGAUGUUCUUCGUCGGGCUGCUGCACGCAUGCAUCAAGCAGCGCCGCUCAGCACUGGACGACUACAGAGACGUUGACUCCGAUUCCUCAGACGACGACAUUCUUGCCUGAUUCUCGCGUGUCGUUUUCUUCGUUUUAAAAGUUGUGUGCUGAGAAGUUUCGCAUUACUCUAUUCGCCGUGUUGGCCUACUUUAUUCCUUCACUUGAUGGAUACAUGUUCUGUUACGCUGCUGUACUUUGUAGCAGUAUUGGCGCUUUUUUCAAUAUGCUUUUCCCGGUUCAUGUGUGACUGUACUGUACUGUGUACGAACCCCUGCAUGUGUUUGAUUCCUUGCUGUAUGACAUCACUGUAAGUUGACUUCUGUGCUUCGGUAUUUUUAGCAGCUGCAUGCUAGACUCUUUUCCCUGCUUGCAUUCAGUGUUGCACACAGAAUGUUCCUCGCUGUCUCGCAGAUGUAAUUUGUUGUGCAUGAUCUCAGCUACCGCUCACCGCCCCACGAUCACGAUAGUCUCCCCCGCUAAUACACCAUGCGGUACACCAUGGCACACUGGUAGUGCUCACAAGACAAGGAGCUGGCUCUUUGGCACUUCUCAUGACAUUUUGACUCUAAUUUUCAUGACAUUUUCAUGAGCGAUGAA